AUGUCUGGCUUCAUCUCGACCGAUCUUGUCCUCGUCACCGGUGGAAAUGGCUAUGUUGCGCAACAUGUGGUAGACCAGCUACUACGUCAAGAAGGACAACCUCGUGUUCGAGCAACCGUGCGCUCUGAAACAUCGGCAAAACAGAUCAAGGACUAUUUUGCUGCAGAUCUAUCCUCAGGACGUCUCUCUGUGGUAUUGGUACCAGAAAUUGUCGUCGAGGACGCCUUUGACGAAGCUUUGAAUGGCGUUACCCAUGUAGCCCAUGUGGCCUCCCCUUUGGCCCUCGGUAUCGACAAUGUCGAGGCCGAUCUAUUGAAGCCCGCCAUCGAAGGGGCAGUGGGAAUCCUUCGAGCGGCUACUAAAUUCCCGUCAGUCCGAUCAAUGGUGAUCACCGGCUCCUUUCUAUCGGCCUUUGACCCAGCCUACAGCCUCCGCCCUGGCUACACCUACACGCCUGAUGAUUGGAAUCCGAUAUCUUACAGCGAAGCAAGCUCGCAAGAGCUGGAUCUAACGCAGUGGGAGCCACUGUGGCGACCAUUGAUUACUUAUAUGGCAUCUAAGAAACUCGCGGAGGAGGCGGUUUGGAAAGCGCGAGACACCAUCAAGCCUCGGUUUGACGUAAGCGUCGUCCUACCUGCUUACAUUGGCGGCCCAUCUGUUCUACCCUUACAAAGAGGGACUCAGUCAGGUAGCCUCAGUGUGCAAGUCAUUUGGAAGGCUGUCACCGAACAGAGCCUACCACCGGUUGACUAUCCCUAUUGGGUUGAUGUACGAGAUGUCGCGAAAGUGCAUAUCCAGGCGCUCCUCCAUCCGGAGGCCGAUGGGAAACGGUUCAUUCUUGCUACCGGAGGUGUAACGUACUCUGACAUUGCAGAGGUCGCUCGAAAGCAUUUCCCUCAACUCCAACCGUCAAUGGAGCAGCAGAGUGAUGUGGAAUUUUAUCAGGUGGAAUCCUCACAAAGCCUCAGGAUCCUGAAUCUUGGCCCAUGGAUCCCACUUGAAAAAAUGGUAGUUGACACCCUAAGCCAGCUCUUGGAUACCAGGGUCACGAAUUGA